GCCUAGCUCUGCACAGCCAGUACUCGACUCGAUCUAUCCGCACUACCAGACCAGCACCUUGCAAGACUCGCAUCAUGGCCCACACUUGCCGCUGGGGAAUCCUCGCGACCGGCUGGAUCAGCACCAAGUUCGUCCUCGACCUCCUCGUCGACCCGACUACGCGCAACGUGACCGACGUCAAGCACCAGGUCGUCGCCGUCGGGUCCCGCUCCGCCGAGAGCGCGGCCAAGUUCGUCGACUCGGUGUGGACCGAGGCCGGCGUCACCGAGGGCAAGGACCAGGUCAAGCGCUACGGCAGCUACGACGAGCUCUUCUCCGACUCGAACGUCGACUGCAUCUACGUCGGCUCGCCCCACUCUCACCACUACGCGCACGUCCAUGCGGCCCUGUCGGCGGGCAAGAACGUCCUGUGCGAGAAGAGCCUGACGGUCAACGCGCCGCAAGCCGCCGCCCUCAUCCAGCUUGCGCGCGACAAGAGCCUGUUCUUCAUGGAGGCCGUCUGGACCAGGUUCCAGCCGUACAGCUACAAGGUCCAGGAGGUGAUUCGCUCGGGCGUCAUCGGCGAUGUCGUCGCCGUGCAGGCCGAGCUGUGCGCCGACUUUACGUCGCAGAGCGACGAGCACCGCCUGAGGAACCCGUACUUGGCCGGCGGCGCCCUUCUCGACCUCGGUCCGUACCCGUGGACCCAGCUCGCCCUCCUCCUCCUCCCGCCGUCCAAGACGUCGACCGACCCGCUCCCUGUGCCCAAGGUCGCCGCCUCGGUCCUCAAGACGUCGACCGGCGUCGACAGCUCGGUCGUCGCCGCCCUCACGUUCCCGCAGGCCGACGGCCGCCUCGUGCACGGCACGCUCACGACGGCGCAGGACCGCCAGACGGCGCACACCCGCUGCGUCUUUGUCCAGGGCACCAAAGGCUACCUCGAGGUCGCCUUCCCGACGUACCGCCCUCGCGCCUUCACCUACUACGCGUACGACUCAGUCGAGCAGGCGGGCGACCCGAGCGCGGCGCCGAUCAAGAGCGAGACGUUCGAGUUUGAGCCGCGCCCGGCCGACAUCUGGGGCUUUGGGUGGGAGGCCGACGAGGUCGCGAGGUGCCUGCGCGACGGCAAGAAGGAGAGCGAGCGCAUGCCGCUGCGCGAGACGCUGCUCAUGAUGCAGGUCUUUGACGAGAUUCGCAAGCAGGGCGAGUUUGUGUACCCCGAGGAGCUCGAGACUCUCGAUUUCGCGCAGUAGAGAGACUUGACAAAGACGAAUUUGCAGAAC